AUGUCACAGGAGUCUCCCAACCAACCCCAGAAGAAGCGACGCUUCAAGAUUCAGAGUGAAUUUGGCAAGUCCAGGCAGUGGAGGGGCCGCAAGAGUCGACCAUGCGAUGUGUGUCGAAAGCGGAAGACUGCUUGUGUGAUUGAGGACAGCCCGCCUUCGGAUGAGGAGGUCGAGCUUGCCAUUUCACAGGACAUUCCACUGGACCCUAUACUUGAGGACAGCCCAAUUUUUCAUCAACAUAUUAGCCCUACUAGCACCAUUGAAAACACACUCCUCUCUCCUGUCCCUAUUAUGGAACAGAUGAGGAUGCGCGACGAAUUUGUGAACCUUUUUCCGAGAACGCCAAGUCGAAGCGAUGGACGUGCUGGCGAACCCCAAAUCUACACCCUCGAGGACAAUAACAAUCAGACAGCACAUUCCAUGGGACUAUCUGCUGAGCAAGAUACCAAUCUCUUAGCGACUUACCGCUCCGUAAUCAUCAACGAAAGAAACCGCGUUGCCGGCGACAUAAUCAAGGUGCAUCCGGGAGAUGCUAGGCAAGGAGCUCCGCCACUUCAUUUUUACAUCCUAAGCGACUUAUUCAUGCCAUACGACAAUGCUCUCAAAGAAGAAUCUUCCCAGAGAAUUGAGUCCAAAGUUCAACAUCAUGGCCCCAGCCUUGUCCGGCUCUUCUUCAAAUAUGUUCACCCGGUGUACUGCGUAGUUUCCAAGGUGCGAUUCCUCCGAGCAUACAAGGAGGACAGGUUAAGUAUUCCGACCUCACUUAGAGGAGUCGUAUAUGGACUGGGAGCUGCAUUUUGGGACCAUGAUCCCACCCUUAACCUAAUAACUCGACCUUUCGAACAACAUGAGUUGUUUCAAGCUGCACAGAUUUCACUGGACAAAGAACUUGAAGCCCCUAACUUGUGGAAAAUGCAGGCAUGCCUGUUGAUGCUGCAUGAAAGAGCGGCUGGUAAUGGCAUAUUCGAGACGCCAAGGACGUGGAUGCUCUCUGCUCAAGCGGUCGCUUGUGCACAGAUGAUAGGUCUGCACCGUGACCCGUCUCAGUGGAAGUUGGCGCCAUGGGAGAAGAGUCUACGGAAGAAGCUAUGGUGGGCGACCUAUGUCACAGAUGCUUGGGCGUCAGUUUCGCAUGGCAAUCCUCCGCAUAUUCACACGGACUCCUACGCCACCUCAAAUCUAGAUAUGGAAGACUUGAGGUUUGACGAAGAUGUCCCCGAAGAUCUCUGUGAUAUGGUUGAUAUCUCAAGUGUAGGAUUUGAUGUUUCUACGGCGGCUCGAUUUCUUGAGCUCGUAAAACUCACCCGAAUACUUGGGAAUUUACUCCGUGAAUCUUUGUGA